UUUAAUAUCUAAUGUCGAUUUUUUUACAGUAAAAUACUCCAUGUCCGUACACAUGCAUCUUUAACACAUGCAGGAACUCGGGGAUCUACAAAUUUUGUUUUUGAUGAGAACCCAUUAGAGUAAUAUGAGAUCUUCUGUGGUUAAUACUAUAAUAUAUAAUCUUAAUGUAUUCAAGGAUAUAUAGAGAGAGAGGUCGGUAACUUUACGUAGAACUGUAGAUAUUUAGACUAAGAGAUGAUUUGCAGAGUGUGGGAAUGCUGGGCUUUGGGGAGUCAUAUAUUGCAUUCAACGAGGACGAGAGUUCCAAUAAGCCUAGUGGGAAGAGGGAGAGAGAUUUUAAUUUCUAUUUAGAAUUGUGGGUUUGUCUCUACACAUAGACUGAAAGGAGAUGAAAUAAUUACAUGAUACUAGUUUAAUACUAUAUUUUUACGACACUCGUGUCCUUAUAGAUAAUCUAGUAUUAUUGUAGUAUGAUGAUGACUUAGGGUCGGGCCGCUUAAAAUGACCAGUGCACAAGGGGUAAUCAACAAUUUGGUUGAUUUGUGUGUCUCUCUUGACUGCGAGAGAGCGAGGGGUUCCCUUCAACUUCCUUAUACAUUUCUCCUUUCUUCUUCUUUCUCCUCUCGACCUUUCUUAACACAAUCUCCAUUCAGGUAAACAAAAGGAAAUUUACAUAUAAAAAGAGAAGGGGAGACGGAGAGGGUUUGAGAGCUAACUGCUUCAAAACCUAGCCCUGGUACAAAAACCUGAUACAUUUAGUCUGUUGAAGAAGAAGUAAUAUAGGGUUAUUUACUCAAAGAAGCAAGGGCUCCAUGAAUUCAAACAACUGGCUUUCUUUUCCCCUUUCUCCCACUCAUUCUUCUUUGCCAAACCAUUUACAUGCCUCUCACUCUCAACAGUUUUCUCUAGGGUUGGUAACAGAAAACUUGGACAACCCAUUCCAACACCAAGAGUGGAGUCUCGUCAACACCCAAGGCGGCAAUGAAGUUCCAAAAGUUGCAGACUUUCUUGGUGUGAGCAAAUCCGAGAAUCAAUCAGAUCUUGUGGUGUUCAACGAAAUUCAGCCUAAUGAUUCUGACUAUAUGUUUCCUAGCAAUAGUUUGAUGCCGGUGCAGAACACUAUUGUAGCCGCCUCUAGCAACUACGAGUUCCAGGACAAUGCCAAUAAUUUACAGUCAUUAACGUUGUCUAUGGGUAGUGCUAGUGGCAAAGGUUCUUCAACCUGUGAAACCAGCGGGGACACUAGUACUAACACCGUUGAAGCCGCUGUACCAAGAAGGUCUUUAGAUACAUUUGGACAGAGAACUUCCAUAUAUCGUGGUGUAACAAGACAUCGGUGGACAGGAAGGUAUGAAGCUCAUCUGUGGGAUAAUAGCUGUAGAAGGGAAGGUCAAUCUAGGAAAGGACGACAAGUCUAUUUAGGUGGUUACGACAAAGAAGAAAAGGCUGCAAGGGCUUACGAUCUGGCAGCUCUAAAGUAUUGGGGAACAUCUACUACCACCAAUUUCCCUAUCAGUAACUAUGAGAAGGAAAUAGAGGAGAUGAAGCAUAUGACCAGACAAGAGUUUGUGGCAUCCAUUAGAAGGAAGAGUAGUGGAUUUUCUAGGGGUGCAUCUAUGUAUCGAGGAGUAACAAGGCAUCAUCAACAUGGAAGAUGGCAAGCGAGGAUUGGCAGAGUUGCAGGAAACAAGGAUCUUUACCUUGGAACUUUUAGUACUGAGGAGGAGGCUGCGGAAGCUUAUGACAUAGCAGCAAUAAAGUUCAGAGGGUUGAAUGCUGUGACCAACUUUGACAUGAACCGAUAUGAUGUUAAGAGCAUUCUUGAAAGCAAUUCUUUACCAAUUGGAGGAGGAGCCGCCAAGCGGUUGAAGGAGGCUCAAGCAAUUGAAUCAUCAAGAAAAAGAGAGGAAAUGAUCGCUCUCGGCUCAGGUUUUCAAUAUGGAAGCUCAAGCUCUAGCAAGUUACAAACUUACUCUUUAUUGCAACCACCUUUUGAGCAACCCCAACCAUUGUUAACCCUACAAAACCAAGACAUUUCCCAGUACGCUCAGGAUGCAGCGUUUCACCAAAAUUUCCUUCAAACACAGCUCCAUUUAAACCAGCAGUCAGGUGGGAGUAAUUACCUGCAACAAUCAAGCCAAAACCCUCAGUUUUACAACAGCUACAUACAAAGCAAUCCAGCUUUGCUUCAUGGGCUCUUCAACAUGGGUUCUUCAUCGUGUAUUAUGGAGAACAAUGGAAGUUCCAGUGGGAGUUACAGUGGGGGAUAUCUGGGACAUGGAACGGGAGUUGCUUCAAAUUCUUCAGGGUCUAACGCAGUGGGAUCAGCCGAGGAACUGGCUCUUGUUAAGGUGGAUUAUGAUAUGCCUUCAGGAAGCUAUGGCAGCUGGUCUGGUGACUCAGUUCAAGGAUCAAAUCCAGCUUUUUUUACAAUGUGGAAUGACUGACUGAAACAUUAAUUCGAUAAUUAAUAUUGAAGAGCGGAGCUGUCAUAUGCUUUUUUACUAUUCAGAUUGAGCAUCAGGAGAUGAUUAUUUUCCGAUUGAAAACCCUAAAUAGGUAGGCCUCAUUUGAUAAGGUGAUAUAAGUUAGGGUUUUUAAUAUGGGUGAAAAAGACGACCCAAAUUUUGUAUGCAAAAAUAUCCAUCUUCUUCAGUAGUUAUAAAGUUCUAUUUAUUCA